UAUAUGCUUCCUUAUCAUAUCAAUCAGAUUUCCCUCAGAGCUUCUAUCUACCAAUUUGUCAAAAGUUUCUUUGAUAAGCAAUGGAGGGCACAAGUUGUUUUCGUCCAAAAUCAAUCAAACUCAACGCAAUGCGGGCCGACUGAUAUGAUAGUUGGACAGCACCAGUUCAGAGGCGGCAGUAUUAUAAGAAGGGUUUUUUCCCUUGAUCCAAUGGCUACACCUGAGCUUUUUGUUCUUUGAGAAAUAAUAAUGGCAUCCCUCGUCUCCAGUUGGUCUUCCAACUUGAAAUCCUUGCCUGAUAACUAUGUGUUACCUGAGGAAAAAAGGCCAGGAAUGCCUGUUCCAGUAAGCAAUGAUAUACCGGUGAUUGAUCUCGGAGACGGACUAGAUUACAGCAGAGCUGACAUAGUCCAGCAAAUCGUGAAAGCUGGUCAGGAUUUUGGACUAUUUCAGGUGAUCAACCAUGGAGUAUCAAAGGAGUUGAUGGCUGAUGCUAUGAAUGUGAGCAAAGAGUUCUUUGGCAUGUCCACUGAGGAGAAAGCACAGUACUAUAUUGACUCCGUUGCAUUGGAAGAAAAGGCCGGAUGCAGACUCUAUACAAGUUCUGGGUAUUUUUUGGCUCAAGGUUUCGAUUUCUGGAAGGAUACUUUGCAACACCCUUGUCAUCCUCUGCAAAACCACAUCAAUUCUUGGCCUGACAAACCUAAGAACUACCGAGAGGUUAUAGGACCAUACACAACUCAAGUGAGGAAAGUGGCCAUGAAAAUUAUGGACAUGAUCUAUCAAGGUUUAGGGCUUGAAGCGGACGACACUGAGAAAGAAUUCGACAACUAUAAUUUAGCUUUCUCCAUCAACCAUUAUCCAGCAUGCCCAGACCCUGCAUUAGCCUUGGGUUGCUGCAGACACUCUGAUCCUGCAAUCCUAACUCUUCUUCAGCAAGAGGUGUAUGGGCUCCAACUAGAAAAAGAUGGCCAUUGGAUUGGCGUUAAGCCCCUUCCUGAUGCAUUUGUGGUGAACAUAGGUUUGUUACUGGAGGUCAUUAGCAAUGGAAAGCUGAAAGGUGCUGUGCAUCGAGCGGUUACAAAUUCAGUUUGUUCCAGGAACUCACUUGUGACCUUCGUAGGUUGCCCAACUGAUGCCACUAUUAAGCCUGCAACAGCGCUUAUUUCUCCCACCAAUCCACCGCUUUAUCGAGCAUUCAACAACAAAGACUUUCACGAGUUUGUGUUUGCCAAUAACGCUGAAUUUGAGGCUGUUAUUGCAUACUUAAAACUCAAAACCUAAGCCAGAAAUUAGCUGUGCUACAUUUGUGGAGAAGCCAGAAUCAAUCUAUGAUUCCAAGUACUGUUUUGGUUGGCUAAAAAAAAAAAAAGAAAUCUAUAAUUUCAGGUGGUAUGGAAUGCCGCCUUAAAUAAUCGAGCAGCCACUUUCUUUUCAGCACAAUGUAUCAUACUAAAAGGAGUUGCUUUUGUAUUAAAAUAAGACAUUCGCA